UCGGCAUCUAGAGUGUAUGUUUAUAAAAUAUUUGGUAAAUAGUGCAUUUUAUGACGUUUAAAAUUGUUUAUAACAAUCACAAAUAAAGUAUUAAAAUUAUUCCACGUGCUAAUUAUAUCUAAUCUAAUAUAAUCUUAAUUCAUCAUAUUUUAAUUUACGAAUUUAGGAAAAAUAUAAUUUUAUAAGUGUUAGAACCUUUAUAACUAUAAUAAUGUCUAAAACAAUGAAGAAUUCCUUUAUAGCAAAUAUUCCGCCAAAAAUUAAAGUGUAUAAAAGUCGAUGGUAUAUUUUGCUUUUGUAUAUAUUAUACACAACUAUAGGGCAAUUCCAAUGGGUCGAGUACACAAUCAUCGCAAAUAUUGUAAUGAGAUAUUACAAUGUUGGCCCCUCCACUGUGGAUUGGACCGCAUUGGUUUUUAUGGUGGUUUAUCCGAUUUUUAUUAUUCCCGCUUUACUUAUCAUUGAUAAAUUGGGGCUAAGAGUGGCAAGUAUAAUAGGAUGUUUGGGAACCGCAAUUGGAGUUUAUAUAAAAUUAUUUUCCGUUGGACACAAUUUGUUCUAUUUGGUUAUUAUUGGACAAGUUUUUGUUGGAAUAGCCCAACUAAUAAUCUUACCUCUUCCGCCAAAAUUAGCAGUAACGUGGUUUGCAGAAAAAGAGGUUUCUACUGCUUGUUCUUUGGGUGUUUUUGGUUUACAACUGGGUGCUGCUUUAGGUUUUAUAUUACCUUCAACCUUGGUAAAAAAUCAUGAUGAUUUAGAAAUGGUGGGUGAAAAUUUAAAGACCAUGUGUUGGGUUUUGGCCAUUGCUAUAACACCUAUUUUAAUCGCCCUAAUAUUUUAUUUUCCACCAAAUCCAAAGUGCCCUCCAAAUAAUAUUCAAAACGACGACAAAUUUUCUUUAAGUAAUUUUUUUGGUUCGUUACAAUACUUGUUUACUAAUGGGGCUUUUGUGAUGCAUCUUGCUGCCUCUAGUAUUAGUAUAGGAACAUAUACUGUGAUGGGAUCUCUUUUAAAUUUGUUUGUUUUGCAAUAUUUCGAGAAUGCUCAAGAAGAUGCCGGAAGAAUGGGUUUGGUUAUGAUCAUUUCCGGAGCUAUAGGAACUCCAAUAAUCGGAAAAUUUUUGGACAAAACGCGUAAAUUUAAGGAAUCAUGUUUUAUUUCCAUGAUAUUUCAAAUAAUUGGAAUGAUCCUUCUUAUUUGUGCAUUGGAGUAUAAGAAUAAAAUCUUGGUUUACGCAAGCUUUGCCAUUUUGGGAUUAUUUUUAAACACAUAUCUUCCGGCUUGUAUUGAAUUUGCUACAGAACUAACAUACCCAACGGCUGAAAGUACGACUACAGGAAUUGUAUAUGCAAUGUCUCAAACUUUAGGUUUUGGAGCGACCAUAGCCAUUUCAUUGUUUUCCAUUGAAUACGGUGCUUUUUGGGCCUUAAUUAUAAUAACGGCUUUCUUAGCUUUAGGAUCUAUUUUGACCCUAGUUACUCCAAAUACACUUAAAAGGCAAGCUUGCUUUAAUAAUAAGAAUCUCACGGAAUUUAAAAGUAUACCACAACAAGAUGUAGAACAUUCAUAGCUCUUAUACAGGGAAUUGUUACCUUUUAAUUAAUUUUCUUUUUUUUAUUUUUAAUAAAAAUUAGGGGUAAUCAAGGGGUAUUAUGUACCCCAAAAAUUGAGUAUUAAAAAAAUUCGGAUAAAAUUGUAUGGCUUUAAUUUUAUAAUUAAUAGUUGUAAAGUAGGGUUUAAAAAAAUGAGCAGGUAAAUAAAAAAC